AUGGCCACCACACCGGAGGAAUUCUUCGUCAAGGAUCUCACGGAGCAGCCACCAGCAUUCCCACCUGUCUUUCCUGACCUUCGCCAGAAGCCCAAUGGCAGCAGCGAGGGCCAGCAUCAUGUUCCUAAUGCCAUGAUGCUCCCUUACAUCGCACGCAUGCUCAUGGAGGAUGACGAUGGCGAUAAUAACCUCACUGAUCACCCUGCGCUACUCCAGGUGCAGCAGCCCUUUGUGCAAAUCCUCCGCUCCCUUUCCUUCGACGCUAACACAUACACCAACAACACGGAGGGGCCCAAAGAUUUUUGCAUGAAGACCAUGGUGGUGAAAGAGGGAUUAGUUUGCCCUUAUCCAACGUGCAUGGAAGAAGCCAACAUGUUCUUGCCCAAAGACAACAACUUGACAAAGGAUGAGCAGGGGAAUCAAAUCAGGGAAAGCAACGUUAUUGGUAGUAGGAUCAAGAAAAGGUAUAACAGGGAUCACCUUCUAGAGGAGGAGGUAAGAAGUACCAGCAAAGCUAUGAUGAUGAUCAAGGAGCCAGAGGAGAAAUGUGGCAACGAGAUGCUUGGCAAAAUGAUGUUGCAUGCCUAUGAGGCAUGCAUCACGCGUAUGGAACGUGUCACCUUGGACAAUAAUGGCUCAGAUAAAAGAAACAAGAAGAAUUGGAGGAUCAAAUCGGCAAGGAACAAUGUGGUCGACAUAGGCACAUUGUUGAUGUCUUGUGCACAGGCGCUAGCAGAGGGCGAUCACAUGAGAGCACAUGAGCUACUGAUGCAAAUCAAGCAACAUGCUUCGGCAACAGGGGAUGGCACCCAACGGCUAGCUCAUUGUUUCACCAAGGGGCUAGAGGCACGCAUAGGGGGCAAAGGGAGGAAGAUUUGGCAGUUGCUUAUGUUACAGCACCCCUCAGUGGUGGAGUUCCUCGAGGCCUUUAACCUUUACACUAAAGCUUGUUGCUUCCUCAAUGUGACAUUCAUUUUUUCAACAAUGACCAUCAUGCAGGCCAUGGUGGGUAAGAGCAGGUUGCAUAUUGUGGAUUAUGGUAUGCGUUACGGGUUCCAAUGGGCAGGCUUGCUCCGCUUGCUAGCAAGUAAACAAGGCGGCCCGCCGGAGGUGAAGUUCACCGCCAUAACCCGGCCCAAGCCUGCAUACUACCCAAGUGACCAGAUUGAGAAAAUAGAGUGCCGGCUCAUGAAAUGUGCCCAUGAGCUUGGCUUCCCCUUCGUUCAAGUUCCACGCAAUCAUGAGAAACUGGGAGGAUAUUUCCAUCAUGGACUUGCACACAGACGUUGA